UUUUUGAAUUUUUCAACCAAUAAAUGAAAUCAAUAAAACGUACACGGCCGCUGAAACCUGAAUGACAGUUUCAAUUUCAGUCUUUUUUUUUUUUCCUCUUUCUAUUGAGAUUCAUGUUCAGCCCAUGUGCAUCACACAGUUUGAGAAGAGCAUUUAAAAUUACUUUAAACUCAGGAAAUAGCAGCACAGUUUGCUCAUUAAAUGCAAAUUCAGCUUUCCAAACACCACAAUUAGGAUAUAUUAAUGUUUUUAAAUAAUACUUCUCCUUGAAUAAAAAUGAUUAAGAAGUUGCUUUUUCACUUUACACUUGUAUUGUGACACUGGUGUUCGAACAUAUGUGGAGAAACCUGCUUAAAAUGAAUGAGCAUGACCAUAUUUUUAAUGUAACUGUACACAAUACUUGCUUAUUUCCACUAUGAUGCGUAUGAAUAUUUAUAUAUGUAAAUUUAUGCAAUAAAAAAGUUCAUCCACUAAAGAAGAGUAUGCUUGGAUGGAUUUGUCACAGUUAUGUUUCUACAUAAAAUUAAAAGUUGAAUAAUUCUCCGGAGUGUUACUGUUUAUAAUGGAUUAAUGUAGAGUUAUGAUUUUUGUCAUGAUUUUAAAAUGGUUUACACAAAGUUUAACAGACAAAGAGACCACUGCUAUAAGUUCACAUGCAAGCAAGUUUUUGGAUGACACAUACUUUUAAAUUGGUAAGUCAGCAAAAUACAUAUUUUCAUAUUUUCCUCUGAAAAUAUAAAUACUAGACUCGAACAUUAAUAAUGACAGAGAGAUAUUUGGACGAUUUUGAAAUACCACGUUGCAACCGUCUUUGGCAGGAUUGGGUUUUGUUUUUUGGUUUUUUUUUCUUUUUGCACUUUUAAACUUUCUGUUGCAGCUCUCAUCCAUCAUUUCGUCCUCUUUCUUGAGGAAACAAUCCUGCGAGUCUCUUCCCCUCGUCAAUUCGCGGUAUGAGUUCAUUUUAUUUGAUGCGAUAAUCUCUUCUUUAUUUUAUUUAAUGACUUGAUCCUUUUCUUCUUCGCUCGUCUCUGUACUUCAGUCUCUUUAACCAUCACAGUUAAUGUCUAAAAAGGCAGUUAACUGCAUUUAAGAAUAUUGGAAACAGAGAGAGAGGGUUGAAACCAGAAUAAUAAAAUCUCGGAUGGAAACCACAGACUCGGUCAGCUUCAUUUUUUUGAUUUAUGUGGCAUAGGCCGAGGCUACAUGUUCUUUUGUUAUUUUUCCUCUCUCAGAGGAGGCCGGGAAAGAGUUUUAUAGUCCGCUUUUUUAUAUACAGUUCUCCUACGGUAAUGUGUCUAAUACCAUGAAUACAAUUUAGUGUCUCUAAGUCUGUUAUCUUAAUGGAGAAAUCCGGCUGGAGAUUUUUUUUCUGUGAGAUGAUGUUAAGAGUAAUCUCUUGCCUCAGACUCCACUGGACUAAUCCCAGUGGAAAAAAUAAUGCCAGUGAAAUUGAAAUAAUGUCCACAUGGUGAUUGAUGAGUAACCCAUUCAUGCGUUUAUCUUGAAAAAUGAUUCGACACUCUCCGUUUGGGGAGGUGGGAUGUCCUCUUUUCAUCCACCAAUCUCCGUCCGCUUUCCUCCAUCUCUGGGUUUUUAUUGCUUCUUAGCGAGUCUUCAAAGAGCCCGGAGCCUGUAAUUAGGGGGCGGGCUCCCUGCGCCUCAAAACACUUCCCCGCGUUACUGCCCGACUUCUCCCAAAGUGUCCCGGGACUCAGAGCUGCGCUUCUCCCACUCCCCUCAGCUUCCUUAGGAUUUUGUUUCUCAGGGAUGGCCGCAUCUAUUCUGGAGGUAGGGAAUGUAAUUGAAGACGCACGCUAUGGCUCCAGUCCUCUGGCUAUGUUAACUGCUACCUGUAACAAGUUUGGCAGCACCAGCCCCGUCAGGGAUUCGGCUACACCCGGUAAGACCGGCAGCACCACUCCAGUAAAGAAGCCCUACACCAUGACCUCUGACCUUCAGACAGCUAAGAACGGACGGACCGCAGACGGCAGUGGCCUGGCGGACUCCUACACUGGCUCCUUCACCACAGCUGCAGGAGGAGGAGGAGGUGGCGGGCUGCUUACUCCAACUGGAAGCCCCCCUCCUUCAGCCGGAGGCUACACUACAGAAUAUAAUCCUUUCUCCCACUCCUUCCAGACCUCUGUCUCCCAGGACCCGUCUCUUUUAGUGUCCAAGGCCCACGCUACGGCCGAUUGCCUCACCAGUGUCUAUACCUCACUGGACAUGACACACCCUUAUGGCUCCUGGUAUAAAGCCGGUAUCCACCCUGGCAUUACUGCUGCCCCGGCUAAUGCCACAUCCUCCUGGUGGGACGUCCACCCCAACUCCAACUGGCUGUCAGCAACGCAGCCCCAGGCAGACGGAGGCCUCCAGGCCUCCCUGCAGCCUGUAGCACCACAGGCCUCCCUGAGCCCACAACUGCCCAGUUACAGCACCGACUUUACACCCCUCAACCCAGCACCUUACCCCUCUGUGGGACUGGGCUCCUCCUCACACCUCCUCCAGCCUUCCCAGCAUAUGCUGCCCCAGGACAUGUACAAGCCCAAGCCCGUGCCAAGUGCAGGGCUGAUUGAGAGUCCCAUGGGCCUAAAGCCUGCUAGGGGAUCAGGGGGCUACAGCGGAGGGGCAGCACCCACUAGAUCCUCAUGUGACUGCCCCAACUGCCAGGAGCUGGAGAGGCUGGGAGCCUCUGCUGCAUCCCUGAGGAAGAAGCCAGUCCACAGCUGCCACAUCCCAGGCUGUGGGAAGGUCUACGGCAAGGCCUCCCACCUCAAAGCCCACCUGCGCUGGCACACCGGUGAGCGGCCCUUUGUUUGCAACUGGCUGUUCUGCGGGAAGCGUUUCACCCGCUCGGACGAACUGGAGAGGCACGUGCGCACCCACACACGGGAGAAGAAGUUCACCUGUCUACUGUGCAACAAGCGUUUCACACGUAGCGACCACCUCUCAAAGCACCAGAAGACCCAUGCGGAUUCUGCAAUGCAGGGGAAAGCUGUAGCUGUGGAGGGAGACACAGAUCCUCGGAGUGAAGAGGCCGCAGAGCUCAACACCAGCGCUGUAGCCACCAAUCCUGUCGCUGACCAAAUCACCAACGGAGAUGAGAAGACUGGCACACCUAAUGGAGUGGAGAACAGCAGUGGACUGUUGGAGAUCUGACUUCAUUAAAUCUUUCACUUAGUACUAUUUGAGACGUGGUGGGUUCGUUUUUAUGGUGAAAAAUCCAUCUUUUAAAUAAAAAGAAAGACAGUAUUUUGUUUCAAGACAUACAAAGGACACCAGAUCGAGUUAAAAAAGACUUGAUAUGAUAAAUGACUGAGCAUGUUGCAGGUAGCAAUCACUUCAUUUUUCUCUGGACCACACACAAACACACACACACACACAGAGAAAGACACACACAACAUGAGCAACCUUGCAAACAUAUACCAAUGCACACCAAUGUAUGCAGGCACACAGAACGCACAUGAGCAACCAAACCAGGAAGUACAUGAACACAGAUAUAACAUGCGUGUCCCAUGUGCACAUAUACAUGCACACAGAUAACUAUGAGCAAAUGUGCAAGCAUAUAUAUAAUGCAUAGGCACACACACAAAACUAUCUCUGCACACACAUACGCACACACACACACACACACACACA